UUCAGCAGCAAAAAUAAGGUGAAGUGAACCGGGGCAUUAAGCAAGUCUUUGCUCUAAAACCGCUACUUAACAUACAAUUUUGUCAUUAGAUAUAUCCAAUAUACCGGAAAGAAAAUCAUCGUUUUUGUAUACUCAAUCAAUCCCUUGUUGCUCAAAAAAAAAAAAAAAAAAAAAAAAAAAAAAAAAAAAAAAAUCAAUCCCUUUAUUCAGUUCCAUGUCAAUGUCAUUCUCAGUGAACAAAAUCUGCUGUAAUUCAUUGUGGCCGUCACCUCACAAUAAGAAUAAUUGGGUCGUGUGCAAAAAAACUAGCAAUAUGAUAAUGCAGAGUCACUGGGUUAUAAAUUCAGCAAUACCCCAUCUCAAGCUUAAUCACAAUUUUCUUGGAAUUAUCAUCACCAUUUUACACUCCAUUCAGUUAAUAACGGUGGUACUACGAAUAUUGGAGCAGUUGAAAAGAUAUGGAGCUUCUGGAGUACUGUCAUAUGGUCUACUGAACACAGCCUAUUACCUUACUACCUUUCUCUUGGUGUGGUUCUAUUUUGCUCCAGCACCUGGAAAAAUGGGUUAUCUUGCUGCUGUUUCAAGAUUUCUAAAAGUAAUGGCCAUGGUUUGGGCAGGAAGCCAAGUCACUAAGCUUUAAGAGCAGCAGGUGCCCUUGCCCUUGCCCUUGCACCACUUGUAGAUAGGGGAUUGUCAUGGUUUACAGUCAGAUACAAAUUUGAGUCACGGGGAAAGGCUUUCUUCACAGUUGUUGCAUUGUGUUUCAAUUUAGCUUUAAUCAUGUUUGUAGCCGUCACUCUGCUUUCAGCAUGACAUAUCUCUGCUUUCGUCUUUGCUGAAUCGAAAAGAGCUAUUUCAUCUUUUCUUUGUAAAACGGAUAUCAAUAAUUUAACUUGUAAAGAAUUUUACCAAUUGUAAUUGAGUUGAUAACCACCCGGUGAUUUUGUUA